AUGACUGAAAUUUCUUUGCAAACGCAGAAUACAGAUGGUGAUGACAACUUGAUUUCUUUCCAAACUGGUGUGGUUCUUAGUACUUUUGGCAAUCCUCUGAUAUUAGAAAUGGAGACAUGCUCAGGGAGGAUCAUAGUUCAAAAGAUAUCAGGACAUAGAAGAAACUCAAUAGCAAAUCCAGAGAGGACGAGAGAAGAGAUGAUCAUGAUGAUAGACAUUCCUGGAAAACAGGAGGCUUCUCCUGUCUGUGUCUGUGACUCUGAAUCGUACUGCGCGGAGGCGGUGAAGGCAGAGGAGAAGGUCAUUGCGGCGAAAACGGCCAUCGCUGUGUAUUGA